AUGUCAAGCUCAGCGCAUCUCAGUCAUCUCACAUUGCUGGCCACAGCGACAGCGAUAGUCGUCUCAUCAACAACGCACUCAAGGCUGGACGUUUAUGGUGUCGGCGGAAAACGGACUUCUCAAACAAGAGGAAUUGUCACGCUCAACCUUCAAUCAAGGUAUAGUCCACUUACAGUGACAAUUUCAGCUCACGUACUCAAGACAGUUACCACCAUCCUGCCGGCCAUAAAGAUACAACAGGAACCCGAAUGGCCUCACCUUAAGGGUUUAAAUCUCGCUGAUCCAGAGUUUCUCAUUCCAAGGGAAGUAGAGGCACCUGUCACACUUGCAAGGACGACUCAUCAUGGCAGCUCUCAGGCAUCAAACUCAUCCUUGCAAGAGGUGUUGACACGGUUUUGGGUCCAAGAAGAACCUCUAUCAUCGGACAACUCACCGCUCACUCCUGAGGAGCAGGAGUGUGAGCUCCACUUCAAGACCACUUAUUCAAGGGACUCGACACAUCGUCAGGAUACCGCUCAAGUCGCCCCGAACAGUCCUGGGAGAUUCUUAUCAGACAGCUCAUCGAUCGCUCCAACGAAUUCUCAGACGACUUGGCAGAGACACUCACUCGAUGACAGCUCAGUUGGUAGAAAACCACACUACUAUCUGCCUCAUCAUGGGGUGCUCAAGCCAGACAGCUCAAUCACGAAGUUUAGAGUUGUUUUCAACAGUUCAAGCGCCAGCUCCACUGGUCACUCGCUCAAUGACAUCACUCACGCUGGUCCUAAUCUGAUGCUUAACAUCUUCGACUUGCUCAUUUGGAUACGCCAACUCAAGUAUCUGUUUGCGACUGACAUCACAAAGAUGUAUCGGCAAAUCAAGAUACACCCAGAUGACCAGGAUCUUUAA